GACACAGCUACAGCCACAGCCAUGUCAGUCACGUCCUCACAGCUGGCUGCUGGGCGUGGGUCGUGGCCGGGAUGCCACUGUGUGCCGUGCCAGUCUGCGGUGGAGUCUGAGGGGCAGGAGCCAGAGCUGGGCACCACCACAGCAGAGGGCCACCGGGGGCAGUCACACCACCACCACCACCACCACCACAGCAGUAGCCACCACGGUAGCCACCACAUCCACCACGGCCAUCACAAGCACAAGCCAGAACCAGACUCCACCAUCUCCACCCCAGACAACAUGAACCUCUGCUGGACCGAGAUCAAGCGCAAGUCCCACAACAUCAGGGCUCGUCUGGAGGCGUUCUCGGACAACAGUGGGAAGCUUCAGAUGUCUCUUCAGGAGCUGAUCGAGUGGCUAACGGCCAAAGAUGAGGAGCUGUCUGAACAGCUGCCCAUAGCAGGCGAUCUAGUGGCCGUACAGCACCAGAGAGAGUUCCACCAGGCGUUUAUGGAGGACGUCAAGUGCAGGGGUCCGUUCAUCUACUCCCUACUGGAGUCAGCUCAGGCCUUCCUGGCCCAACACCCCUUCCAGGAACCAGAGGAGACAAUACCAGACGGCAAAGAGCUGUCCCCUCGGAGAAGAAUGCUGAACGUGAGUCGCUCGGUGUGGAAGCAGGCCAGCGUAGCCAGUGACUUGUGGGAGAAGCUCUCUGCGCGCUGUGUGGAUCGCCACCGGCACAUGGAGCGCACACUAGAGAGACUGCUGCAGACGCAGGCCGCCAUGGAGGAGCUGAGUGCAGCUCUUGAGCAGGCAGAGGGGGUCAGAGAUGCCUGGGAACCAGUUGGGGACUUGUUUAUCGACUCCCUACAAGACCACAUAGACGCCACCAAGCUGUUCAAAGAAGAGCUGUUGCAGGUGAAGGAGGGCAUGAAGCACCUGAAUGACUUGGCCCACCAACUGGCCAUCUCUGAUGUGCACCUGUCCAUGGACAAUGCCCGCGCCCUCGAACACCUUAACAACCGCUGGAAGGUCCUACAGGGCUCCAUUGAGGAGCGACUCAAGCAGCUCCAAGAUGCCCAUCGAGACUUUGGCCCCGGCUCACAACACUUCCUCUCCAGCUCGGUGCAAAUUCCCUGGGAGAGGGCCAUCUCCCCCAACAAAGUGCCCUACUACAUCAACCAUCAGGCCCAAACCACCUGUUGGGAUCAUCCAAAGAUGACUGAGCUGUACCAGGCACUGGCCGAAAUGAACAACAUCAAGUUCUCAGCGUACCGGACGGCCAUGAAGCUGCGAAGGCUACAGAAAGCUCUGAGAUUGGACGUGUUGACCCUAGCCAGUGUAUCUGAUGUAUUGUGGGAGCAGGAUCUGAGUGGGGGGGAGCGUGUCAUGGACGUGGUGGAGGUGAUCCACACCCUCACUGCCCUCUAUGAACGCCUGGAGGAGGAGAGGAAAGUACUCAUCAACAUCCCACUCUGUGUGGACAUGUGCCUCAACUGGAUACUCAACGUCUAUGACAGUGGUCGUAAUGGGAAGGUGCGGGUCCUGUCUCUGAAGACUGGCCUGGUCAGUCUGUGCAAAGCCGACCUCCAGGAGAAAUAUAAAUAUCUGUUUGGUCAGGUGUGUGGUGCUGGCAGUGGCGCUGACGUGCGUCAGGUGACUGUUCUGCUGCAUGAGGCCAUCCAGAUCCCUCGACAGCUGGGGGAGGUAGCAGCCUUCGGAGGCAGCAACGUGGAGCCCAGCGUACGCAGCUGCUUUAGGAUGGCUCCUGGUAAGGCGUCUAUUGAGGUGGGUGUCUUCCUGGAGUGGAUGAGUCUGGAGCCCCAGUCUCUGGUCUGGCUGCCCGUGUUGCAUCGCGUUGCCGUGGCCGAGUCUGCCAAGCACCAGGCCAAGUGCUACAUCUGCAGACAGUGCCCCAUCAAGGGAUUCAGGUAUCGUAGCCUGAAGCAGUUCAACGUGGAUAUCUGCCAGACCUGCUUUCUCACCGGCCGCACCAGUAAGGGCAAGAAGCUACACUACCCCAUCAUGGAGUACUACACACCCACCACAUCAGGAGAGAGGAUGAGAGACUUUGCCAAAACGCUAAAGAACAAGUUUCGAUCGAAGCAGUACUUCAGCAAGCACCCACAGAGAGGAUACCUGCCCGUGCAGUCCGUUCUGGAGGCAGAGAGCACGGAAACGCCCUGUUCCUCACCCAAGCUACCCCAUGCAGACACACACAGCCGGAUUGAGCAUUUCGCCAGCAGGUUGGCAGAGAUGGAAAAUCAGAACUGUUCCUUCUUCACUGACAGCCUCUCGCCAGAUGAAAGCCUGGAUGAAGAUCAGUACCUCCUGCGUCACUCCAGCCCCGCCCUGGAUCAGGACUCUCCCAUUGGAGCGCACCUGAUGCUGGUGGACAUCAACUGCCAGGACAAGGACGAGCUGCAGCGCACUCUGGAACGCCUGGAGAACGAGAACCGCAUCCUGCAGGGGGAGUACCGGCGGCUGAAGUGGAGGCACCAGGAGGCGGUGGCAUCACCGGAGAUGGUGGAGGGGAUGGACGGCUGCUGCAUUGGGGAUGGGGGUGCGCUGGGUUCCCCUACGGAGCCCCAGGACGAGGAGCUGCUGGCUGAGGCCCGGGUGCUGCGGCAGCAUAAGACCCGUCUGGAGACGCGCAUGCAGAUCCUGGAGGACCACAACAAGCAGCUGGAGUCACAGCUGCACCGGCUCAGGGAGCUACUGCUGCAGCCCAAAGAUGAUUCGGAGGCUAAUGGUUCGGAUCCCUCUUCCCUGUCGUCUCCAGUAUCUGGGGCUCACCAUGGAGAGGGGCGAAGCAGAGAGACCACAGACACAGAGACAGCAGGUGACGAUGGAGACCAUGAGCAUGACACAGUCCUCCAACUGCAGGAAGUCAUUGAACAGCUACGAAACGUCUUUCCCUCGGAACCAGGCGGAACGUUGCCCAUAUAGCAGUGGAUGGAUGGACGGGUGCCAGAGCAUUGGACGGGUUGGACGGGCUGUGUGUGGGGAUGUGCUCGGGUUCGACGGAGGGCAGACUGACCAACACUGGAUAACAAUGACUGCUCUGCAACAGAGCCUGUGGAUUGCAACAAUAACCUCCAUCCAUCUCUCCAUCUAUUCACAUAUGCACACACACACACAAGCACGCACACACACACACACGCGCACACAGACACAGCAGUGUCUACUUCUGCUCUACCGCUAACCGUCUUAGCACAGACCUUGUAUACACACGUACACAACGAAACACAGGGCACACACACACACACACACACACACACACAACUCAGUCGUGCCAAAGGCUAAUGUUUGUCCUGACACUGUCCUUAAGCAGCUGUGU